AGCAUUCCCGUCAUCUCCUCGUUCAAGCACAUCUCUUUCUCUCCAUCAUCAUUAACCACAUCAAUCACAAGCAAACCAAUCAAAAAAACGCAUCAAAGGCACAGCUAAAGCCAUCACAUCAACUCAUCACACAAACACACACACCAACCACACACAAACACAUCCAUCAACAUGCCUCGCCAAGGAGACGGUUCUUCUGACAAUUACAUCGAGCUUGGCCACGACAUCAUCCACGGCGCCGGUCAGGAGCCUGUAAGUGUUACUUUAUCAAGCCUCUAUUAUCUGCCUCUUGACAAAAGACCAACACAAAAUCCUAGACUACCCGCGUCCCACGCGCCAACAAGACCGCCCCCCUUCCCGAGCCCGAGCACGGUCUCGCUAUCCCGGGACUGCAUGCUGCUGGAGGUUCGUGCCAGGGUCUCACCAGGGGUCCUGAAUCAGGACAGGGUCAUGGCUCUAAGUAUGGUCCCAAGAAGUUCCGAUUGGGUAUGAUCUAAUGAAUGAAAUGAAGUUAUGAACAAGAAUCUGGUGUUGUGCCUCUGAACAUCAUGACGGGUUGUGAAGGUGUAAACAGUAAACAAGUCCCCUUUAGAACACUG